CGAACCUUACAAAGCGUCACGAGUUGCAAGAAUGAUCAUGGGGAGUUGAGAGAGAAUAACAGUUGUUAGCCAACGACGGCUGAAGUUAAUGAAGCAAACUAUUGACAGCUCGGCGAAUUAGAGGGGAGCCACCAUGGCUAACAUCACCAAGAAAGUGUCGUGGUCCAGCCGGGGCGACGACUCCGGUUUGGCCGGGGAGGGGACACCGUUACUCAACGGCACCGAGAUACCGAAACCCUCCAGACAGCUGUCCGGAUCAGGCAGUGUAUUUCGGAUAGGCAGAUUCAGCACGGUGGAUUUGGAAGAUGAUAUAACAUCAGAAGAGGACCCUAUUAGGGGCCGACCUAAAGAGAUCCCACACAACGAGAAGCUGCUGUCACUUAAAUAUGAGAGUCUGGAUUAUGACAACAUUGAAAAUCAGCUCUUUCUUGAAGAGGAGAGAAGAAUGAGUCACAUGGGUUUCCGCUGUCUGGAGAUCAGUCGUUGGGUAAUCUGCGGUCUGAUUGGCAUUCUAACGGGUCUCAUUGCCUGUUUUAUAGACAUUAUGGUGGAGAAACUGGCUGGGUGCAAGUAUCAAGUCAUUAAAGAGAACAUUGAAAAGUUUACAGAGGUGGGUGGGCUGUCUAUUUCUCUCAUCCUCUGGGCCGUUCUCAACUGUGCCUUCGUCCUGGUGGGGGGCAUCAUGGUUGCGUAUUUUGAGCCAAUAGCAGCUGGAAGUGGUAUUCCUCAGAUAAAAUGUUACCUAAAUGGAGUCAAGAUUCCCAGGGUAGUACGGCUCAAGACGCUGUUGGUGAAAGUGUUGGGUGUUAUCUGUUCAGUAGCUGGUGGUCUUGCUGUUGGAAAGGAAGGUCCCAUGAUUCACUCUGGUGCUGUUGUAGCUGCGGGAGUCUCACAGGGCAGAAGCACCUCCUUAAAACGGGACUUCAAGAUGUUUGAAUACUUCCGGAGAGACACAGAAAAGAGGGACUUUGUUUCUGCUGGAGCUGCUGCUGGAGUUUCUGCUGCUUUUGGGGCACCAGUUGGCGGAGUUUUGUUCUCUCUAGAGGAGGGAGCUUCUUUCUGGAACCAGAUGCUCACAUGGAGAAUAUUCUUUGCCUCCAUGAUCUCCACCUUCACACUGAACUUCUUCCUUAGUAUCUAUCAUGGCAAACCAGGAGACCUUUCCAAUCCAGGUCUCAUCAACUUUGGACGCUUUGAAAGUGAUAGUGUGGCCUAUUACUACUACGAGUUACCUUUGUUUAUGGGUAUGGGAGCUAUAGGUGGGUUGUUGGGAGCGCUCUUUAAUUCAAUCAACUAUUGGCUGACUAUCUUCAGGAUCAGGUAUGUGCAUCGACCAUGUUUGCAAGUGAUGGAGGCCUUGUUGGUGGCUGCUGUGACCGCAACGGUGUCAUUCACCAUGAUUUAUUUUUCCAACGACUGUCAGCCUCUGGGGCCCGAGCACAAUGAGGAGUACCCACUGCAGUUGUUUUGUGCAGAUGGGGAGUAUAAUUCCAUGGCUACAGCAUUUUUUAACACUCCUGAGAGAAGCGUUCGUAGUCUUUUCCACAAUCAGCCAGGAAGUUACAACCCUCUGACGCUGGGUUUGUUUACUCUGACCUAUUUCUUCCUGGCGUGUUGGACCUACGGCCUGGCUGUGUCUGCUGGUGUCUUCAUCCCGUCUCUUCUAAUAGGAGCAGCUUGGGGGAGGCUGUGUGGGAUACUGCUUGCCUCUUUCACUCCCACUAGCCCGAUUUGGGCUGAUCCUGGUAAAUAUGCUUUGAUUGGAGCUGCAGCGCAGUUAGGUGGCAUUGUGAGAAUGACUCUCAGUUUGACUGUCAUCAUGGUGGAGGCAACAGGAAACGUCACGUACGGCCUUCCCAUCAUGCUCGUUCUCAUGACUGCCAAAAUAGUGGGAGACUACUUUCAGGAGGGUUUAUACGACAUUCACAUCAAGCUGCAGAGUGUUCCCUUCCUGCACUGGGAGGCUCCCGCCACCUCCCACUGGCUGACUGCCAGAGAGGUGAUGAGUUCUCCAGUCACCUGCUUCAACCGGAUAGAGAAGGUGGGAACAAUCGUGGACGUCCUUAGCAACACAUCAACAAAUCACAACGGCUUCCCUGUUGUCGUGCAGGUUUUGGAUAGUGAUGAGCCAGCAAAACUCUGCGGUCUCAUCCUGCGCUCUCAGCUGAUUGUUCUUCUCAAGCACAAGGUGUUUGUGGAGUUGGCCCGGUCCCGGCUGUCUCAGAGGAAGCUCCAGCUGAAAGACUUCAGGGACGCCUACCCCCGCUUUCCCCCAAUUCAAAGCAUCCACGUCUCCCAGGAUGAGAGAGAAUGCAUGAUGGACCUCACUGAGUUUAUGAAUGCAACACCUUACACUGUACCACAGGAUACAUCACUCCCUCGCGUGUUUAAGCUGUUCAGAGCACUAGGACUGAGACACCUGGUGGUGGUAGAUGAUGAGAACAGGGUGAUUGGACUGGUGACAAGGAAGGACUUGGCCAGAUAUCAUCUGGGCAAACAUGGGCUGGAGGAGCUGCAGCUUGCCCAGACAUAGUGUACCCACAUACACACGCCCAUAGACUGACCACAUGUUGCCUCAGAAGCUGUUGACCAUCAGUUUGGCAGCCCAGAAGGACGCCUUCAAGGGCUAAAGAUCUGUCUCUCUCUUUUUUUUUUUUUUUUUUUUUUUUUUUUUUUUGAAGAAUUCUAGAAAACAUCCACUCCUCUGUUAAUGCUGAAUGUCGGCAUUUGCUUCUAAAGGAUUCAGAUGAAUAGUAUUUCCAGGAUAAUUCCAGAAACUGUAUUUUAUUUAAUUAUUCACCAGAUUUUUGCGCUGAGGCAACAAAUGAUGCUUGACUUUCUUGUCUUUGUUCUUAUUUGUUUGGUUGUUUAGUUGUUUUUCCACACACUUUUACAGAGUUUUACACACACACACACACACACACACACACACACACACACACACACACACACACACACACACACACACACACACACACACACGUCUGUGGCCCCAAAUAAAGUUGGACUGGAUCAGUUAGAAUGAAAGUCAAAUUGCUUAUAUUCUAAACAAAGCUGUUUAAUUUUUGUUAAUAUUUAAAUCGGUGAUGGAUGAAGUGAAUCACUCAUCUCAGCAGCGUUGUGCUGGGAAACCUUGGAUCCUGGGUUUUAUGCAGAAGUAAUCUUGACACGGACCACCUACCCAAACACUGUUGCAGACUGAGCACACCCCCUCAUUGUAACAGACCCCGACUACAUGGAAAAAAUACUCAUGAGCAGCAUGAUAAAUAACCCGAGGUGUUGACCCAGCCUCCAAAUUUCCAAGUUUUUAAUCCAGUCAAGGAUCCAUGGAACGCAUCGGAUCACCCCUGAGGACCCAUUCCCCAACCAUCAGCUCCCAAAGGAUCUUCCUAGUGCAUUUCUACUGUUGUCAGUCCCAUUCUGCCUCCCUACUUUCAUAAACUGUUAAAUGUUAGUUCCUUCAUGAGGUGGUGUAGCUGGAUGCUGUGGAAAUGCAGGUGUACAGGGUGGUGACUUGCUUCAGAUUGGGUUAGACGGGUGUUUUAUAUUCCUGCUGCUGAGCUACAAGAUGCUUUGAAGCGUUUUGCUUUGAAACUGAUUUUGAGUUGUCGUGUUCAAGAGCUGGUAAAGCACAGUUACCGACCACUGAAGGUUUGCAAUGAUAUCUGUGCUUGUGUAGUUUUGCACUGAAAGACUGCUGUUAUUUAUUGUACUACUUAGAUUGGUACUCAAAGGUACUUUUUCCACCUCUGAAGGUUUGCACUUUGACCUGCUACUGAAGACUUUGUUCCCACGAGUGUCCCUAUUGGAGCUCUCUAUGAAUGUAAACAAUAGUGUGCCACAUAUCUUUGCUACCCUGACAACACAGUUUUCCUAUUGAUUGUAAUUGUGUCUGUUUGUAUUUCUAACAUUUCAGUCAGCAGUGUUAUCGAUUUCUUUGGGCUCUUAUUGUUUUUACCCUUCCAGAUGUAAACAUGAAAAUGUUCUAUUUUAUAACCACUGGAUAAACCUUUUUGUGAAUGAAUAAAAUUUUAACUAUUAUCAUACAACUC